AUAGUCAAAUUAUGUUUUUUAAUUAAAAGCCACAAGUGGAAACCAAAACUAAAUCAAAUGCUAAAUGUGUUUAAAAAAUAAAUAUAACAUCCCUGUACAAAGGGAAAUAUGCACAACAUAUGAUUUUGACAGCCCGUGAGAUUUCCCCAAUGGUGGCAAGAAGUUUUAUUUGUUGGAAAGUCAAAUGUUAUUUUCGGCGCGUCAAUUGAAAUGUUUCGCAGCAUUUUAAAAUACGUGCCCAAAAAGAAAAUAUUAAACUCGUUUAUACUAUAUUCAGCAUCGCCGGCACCAAAAGUUUAUUCCAGUAAAAUACAAAAACGAGAUAAAAAGCGUACAAAAAAGAAACAACAACAACCAACCGAAACAAUGGCACGUCUAUGGAUAAAUUGCAGUGACAAAAGGGAAAUCACCAACAAGUACAAAUUAGUUUCAUACAAUAUCUUAGCUCAGGAUCUGCUGGUGGAACAUUUACAUUUAUAUAUACAAAUCGAACAAGCCUACCUAAGAUGGGAACAUAGAUCGCAAAAACUCGGAAAGGAACUAUUACAUAUUAAUCCGGAUAUAAUAUGUUUGCAGGAAAUGCAAUGUAAUCACGUUAAAAAUUUUGUUGCCCAAAUUGGUGGACAACGUUGCUUGGAAUAUGUCUUUAAGAAGAAAACCGGUACACGCACAGAUGGUUGUGCUAUUAUUUAUGACAAAAGCAAAUUCAAGCUUGUACAGCACCUGGGAUUGGAAUAUUACAAUUCUGGACACAACUUAUUAAAUCGUGAAAAUAUUGCAUUAAUAGCGAAGUUUGAUUUGAAAGAAGAGCCUGGAAAAAGUUUAAUUGUGGCCACCACUCAUUUGCUGUAUAAUCCAAAGAGGGAAGAUGUGCGCAUAGCACAGGUUAAUGUGCUUUUGAAAGCACUGAAGCAGUAUUCAAUGAAAUAUGAAAACUCACCUAUUAUAUUAACAGGUGACUUCAACUUUGAAAGACACAUGAAGCCAUUCGAAAUUAUCUCAACUGCAGCACAACACCCACCGCUAAAAAAUUCCGCUUGUGGUGAUUCGAACGAGAAAAAAGGUCUAGAAUUAAUACCACUAGAUUUUAAUUUGGGUAGUGAAUGUGCAUCAACCUUUCAAAAUAAAUGGAUUACAGUGGAUCAUAUCUUCUAUUCAAAGCAAACUAAAGGCAACCACUUAGAAAUCUUGGAAAUAUGCAGAUUACCAACAAUUAAAGAUUGUCAGAUGUUCGGACAGAUUCCGAAUCGAUUUUUAGGCUCCGAUCAUUAUUCACUGGCGUUUACAUUCUCAGUUCAGUAACACACAUUUUUUUUUCUCAUUAAUAAAUAAAUUAUCUGUAUCUGUAUCUGUACAUAUGUAUUAAAAAUUGUUUAUCAUUAAAUCAUUAUGUAUAUAAUUACAUCAAUAAAGCACACUUUUAUGUUGUAAACUGA